AGACCAAUAAUGGAAAUAAUAAUACUCCGUAGACGUUCUUUAAAAACGUUAUUGCAGAGCUGCCUAGCUCGGAGCAAUCUCUCCGGUAAUGGCUACUAUCAGUCUUACUUCUUCUUCUUCUCCUCCCUCUCCACCAACUAUCACUCCUAUUUCUUCUCCUCCUGCUCCACCCACUAUCUCUUCUAUUUCUUCUCAUCGUGAGCUCCUUGGUCGCUAUUCUUAUCCUCCUUUUUCUUCUCCAGCUGCUUCACCAACUUACAGCUCGGUUUAUUCUCCUCCGGCUCCACCAACUAUCCGUUCUGCUGAUAUUCCUGCUCCUUCACCAACUUAUUCUUCUGUUUAUUCGCCUGAGGCUCCACCAACUUUUUCUGCUGAUUAUUCGCUUUCGGCUCCUCCAGGAAGCCAUGGAAGUUCUUCUGCAAAAGUGAUUAUUGCCGUUGUAGUUCCAGUCAUUGGGAUUACUAUACUACUCUUCAUUGCAGUCCUUUAUUUUCUGAGAAUUAGAAAUUCUAAGAAACAAAAUACUAAACUACAGACAACAGAUGUGACUGGGGAGAUUUCAAAUGAGGAGUCCUUGCAAUAUGAUUUUGCUACUAUUCAACUUAUUACCAAUGUGUUCUCUCCUGACAAUAAGAUUGGUGAAGGUGGAUAUGGUUCUGUAUAUAAGGGAAUGCUUCCCAGCGGACAAGAAAUAGCUAUAAAAAGGCUAUCCAGGAGCUCAGGACAAGGAGAAAAAGAAUUCAAGAACGAAGUUGAAGUAGUUGCCAAGCUUCAACACAAAAAUUUAGUUAGACUAUUGGGAUAUUGCUCCAAAAGAGAAGAAAAGAUACUUAUCUAUGAAUUUGUGCCCAAUGGAAGCCUUGACUACUUUUUAUUUGAUUCUGAGAGACAACAUGUAUUGGAGUGGUCAAAACGCUACAAAAUUAUAAGAGGAAUAGCACGGGGACUACUUUACCUUCAUGAAGAUUCUCGUCUUAGAAUCAUACAUCGUGAUCUGAAAACAAGCAAUAUACUAUUGGAUGUAAAUAUGGAUCCAAAAAUAGCUGAUUUUGGAAUGGCAAAAAUAUUUGGUAUUGAUCAAACUCAAGGAAAUACAAGCAGAAUUGUUGGAACAUAUGGUUAUAUGUCUCCAGAGUAUGCAAUGCAAGGAGAGUUCUCUGUGAAGUCAGACGUUUUCAGUUUCGGUGUUAUGCUUUUAGAGAUUAUUUCUGGAAAGAAAAAUCGUAACACUUACCAAACCACAAAUAGAGCACAAGACCUUCUUAGCUAUGCAUGGGAACAAUGGAGGGAUGGAACACCAAUAGAAAUACUAGAUCCAGUUCUCGCAAAGUCGUCUUAUACUGUAAAUGAAGUCAUCCAAUGUGUGCACAUUGGUCUGUUAUGUGUUCAAGAAGAUGCAGAUGAAAGACCUACAAUGGAAGAUGUGGUAUUGAUGCUUAGUAGUUAUUCUACUAAUAACUGGUCAACACCUCGUGAACCUGCAUUUUAUCGUAAUGGAAGUGGGAAGGUGCCGAUGAGAGAAAUAUCGUUGGAACUGUCUGUGACGGUGAGUGAUGAAGCGUCAACAAUUGGUAAACUUUGUCCAAGAUAAGGUGGGAAAUUUAUUUUGUCAAAGGAUUAUGGCAUCAUAAGGAUUUUCAGAGUUAAUCAAACCCAAGUAAAAUUUAUGGAAAAUACUAGUACUUCCAAAUUUUAUUUCUAACUUUUACUCUCUUUAACAAAUCUUGGAUAUAAACAAUUUUUCCUGGAACCACAAGAUGAAAAUGUCAUAUCCAUGCUUGUCACAUCAGAGAGUAUAAUUGAUGGAGUAAAAUUUGGAAGUCCCAUAUAGUAGAACUCAGAAUGUAUUUUGAUUAAUAAUGUAUUUGGCAUUCAAAUUGUUUGGUCCAAUUAAUGGCGUUUUGUAUCGUGUCAUGAAUUUUUUUUUUUACUGUGUUUCAAAAUGUAUUAUUUUCUUCUACUUGUCAAUAUUUUUGGCUCCGUUACUA